AUGGAGAUUAACGGAUCAUCACACAACGUCGACGCUAUGUUAUGCGGUGAAGAGACCAAGAAAAACGUUACGGUGGCUGCGGCGGAUCCUCUCAACUGGGGAGCUGCGGCGGAUCAAAUGAAAGGGAGCCAUUUGGAUGAAGUGAAGAGAAUGGUUAUGGACUUUAGGAAGCCUGUGGUGAAUCUUGGAGGAGAGACUCUGACGAUCGGACAAGUGGCAGCAAUCUCCACCGUUGGAAAUGGUGUGAAGGUGGAGCUGUCGGAGACGGCAAGAGCCGGUGUGAAGGCGAGCAGUGACUGGGUUAUGGAGAGUAUGGGCAAAGGCACUGAUAGUUAUGGUGUUACUACUGGUUUUGGUGCUACUUCUCAUCGUAGAACUAAAAACGGUGUCGCACUUCAGAAGGAGCUUAUAAGGUAA